AUGGCGAAUGUAGCUUUCCAACUACAACCCAAUUUCAAUUUCAACCUUCUGUUCCGUUCACCUCCACUUCGCUCUUUACCAAUCAAGUUGUCUUUCGCUUUCAAAUUGGACUACUCUUCUUGCAAGAUGAUCAGAUAUUCCCCCAAAUUGAGAGUUGAAUGCUUCUUUAUGAGCCCUAAGCCUAAAGGGGAAAAUGUAAUAGGGGGAAUUGGAAGCCUGGAGGAUAACGAUCAUACCCAUGGUUGCACUGCAUUGGCUGCAUCCAGUGGAGUUGGGUCAGCGGUUGGAGAUAACUUAGGUUUUGGCGCCUUCAUGAUGACGUUGGGUUCCAUUCUUACUGUGGUGGCUUUCUGCUUAGUGGUUUUUAAUACAGAGAGAAAAAGUAUUCUGAAGCUUCAGGUUGGAUUGUCGGGUACGAGUAGAUCACUGCAAAAGGAUCUCAAUCGGAUUGCUAAAACAGCUAAUAGAUACAGCCCAGAGGGCUUGAGCUCCGUAGGCUUGAGCUAUUUAUUACAAGAGACAACACUAGCUCUACUUCGACAUCCUGAUUUUUGCAUCUCUGGUUAUUCCUCAGUGUAUACGAAAAGGAGCAUAGACGAAGUUGAGAACCAAUUUAAUCAACUUUGUAUCGAAGAAAGGGGUAAAUUUGCUGUGGAGACACUAGUCAAAAUCAACAACAUCGGAAAGCAACAUGCAACAACUCAAAUAUAUAAAGACUUCCGUAACGAGUAUAUUGUGAUUACGAUCAUUGUGGCUGCCGAAGGUGGAUAUAACCUGCCGACUAUAAACAGCAGUGCAAAAUUAAAGGAAGCAUUGAUAAAACUGGCUACUAUUCCUUCAAGCAGAGUUAAGGCACUGGUGGUGCUUUUGACACCACCAAAUGAAAAUGAUGCUGUUACAGAACAAAAAUUUCUUGAAGAUUAUUCGCUGUUGCAUCCUCUAUAGGUCACCCAGAUACCAUGGAUGUUUGG